UCGAUCGGGGUGGAGCUGAUGCUGAGCUGUACACAGAGCAGCCUUACAGUCGCUGCAUCGCUGUUGUAGAGGAAAUGACUGUAGGCAAAGCAGCAGCAAUGGCAGCUGUGAAGCACUUAGACUGAUGGUGCCUCCCUCCAUCUCCCCCCACCCCGCAACCAUCGGGGAGGUGGGGGGCAAUCAUGUCUGACUCCAGCGCUACAGGACUAAUCUUAAACAAGGGUUCAGCCGAUUCCUACACUAGUCGACCCUCGGAUUCCGACCUGUCCCUGGAGGACGACCAGGAGGCGUCUCGGCGUGAAGCCGAGCGCCAGGCUCAGCUGCAGCUGGAGAGAGCCAAGUCGAAAGCAGUGGCCUUUGCAGUGAAAACCAAUGUUAGUUAUUGUGGCGCUCUGGAUGAAGAUUGUCCGGUCCAAGGCGCAGCCAUUAAUUUUGAAACCAAAGACUUUCUGCACAUAAAAGAGAAAUACAAUAAUGAUUGGUGGAUCGGUCGGCUGGUGAAGGAGGGCGCAGACAUCACGUUCAUCCCCAGCCCCGUCAAACUGGAAAACAUCAGGAUCAAACAGGAGCAGAAAGCAGCAGCCAGGAAAGGAGGCAAUGCGUCAUCUGGAGGCUGGAGAUCAACGCCGCCAUCUGCAGCCAAACAGAAGCAGAAACAGACAGAACUUGUCCCCCCGUAUGAUGUCGUUCCCUCCAUGCGGCCCGUGGUGCUGGUGGGGCCUUCGCUGAAAGGCUACGAGGUGACGGACAUGAUGCAGAAAGCAUUGUUUGACUUUCUGAAGCACAGGUUCGACAGCAGGAUCUCCAUUACACGGGUGACUGCUGAUCUGUCGCUGGCCAAGCGCUCGGUGCUCAACAAGAAGGCCAUUAUGGAGCGAUCCAACACACGCUCCAGCCUGGCUGAGGUCCAGAGUGAGAUCGAGAGGAUCUUUGAGCUUGCCAAGUCUCUGCAGCUGGUCGUCCUGGAUGCAGACACCAUCAAUCACCCGUCGCAGCUUCUCAAAACUUCUCUGGCCCCCAUCGUCGUCUACGUCAAAGUGUCCUCGCCCAAAGUUCUGCAGAGGCUGAUCAAAUCUCGAGGGAAGUCACAGAGCAAACAUCUGAACGUCCAGAUGAUGGCAGGGGACAAGCUUGCUCAAUGUCCGCCUGAGAUGUUUGAUGUGAUCCUGGAUGAGAACCAGCUUGAGGAUGCGUGUGAACACCUGGCUGAGUAUCUGGAUAUUUACUGGCGUGCCACCCAUCUUCCUUGUUCUGCCCCCGUCAACCCAGCCCAGGACCAAAGCGUGAUCACCCCUCCUUCUGCUAACUCCAGUCAACAGUUCUCUGAGACUCAAGAGUUAAUAGAGUGACCACUUGUGGAGCGGCCUAGAGCGCCACCAUGGGGCAGCAGCAGCAGCUGCAUCUCUCCACCCUCAGUGAGAACGGGGACGAACGAGCAGCUGAAGCGAGAGGAAGCGAGACGAGAUGGAGCUUUGGGGCACGGACACAUAUAUACGUCUGUGCUUUGGAGUGAAACAUGGAGAUCAUGCACCGCUCACCGCUGCCCCCUCGGAGAGAGCUACUUGCUUCCAACGCCACGUGACAACUCAGGGUCGCCUUCUGUACACCUUCUGCUACACACAGACACACACACGGGCGGUUGCUCUGUGUGAGCCUGUUCGACAUUGGUUAGGGUUUGACCGCCUGUCCUUCUGCCUGUCUGUCUGUCUGUCAGAAUGAAGCCCACUACACAAGUGUGGAUCGACAGGAAUGUUUUCAAAUUAACUACCCAUUUCUCAUGCAAAACUCUUACUACUCUUAUUACCCCUACCACAAAGUACUACCACAUAAUACAACUACUACCACCACCACUACCAUUGCUACUACUAUCACCAUUACAACUAACAACUACUAGUAGUAUUGAUUACGAGUAGGCUACUACUACUAGAAGUAAUGUUACUAUUAAUAGUACAACUAUUAACAUCUACUGUUACUCCUCACUACUACUAGUAGUGCUAUUAUUUUACUCCUACCUCUUCUACUACAAGCACUUAGUACUAUUACUGCUACUAACUACUAUUACCAUUGUAAUGCUAACUACCAGUACGAGGAUACUACUCCUACUGCUACUACUACUUCUACUACUAAUACUACUUAGCAGGACUUUUAUGAGUAGUAUAUAUGACUGUGACUACUGAUAAUCCUAUUCCUGUUAGUAGUAAUAGCUUUAGUCUUAGUAACUACUGCAACUACUGUUACAUCCAGUAAUUACUAUUACUGCUAUCUUUAUGGCUAUCACUGUUCCAAGUAAUAACUUCUACUAAUGGCACAGAGUAAUAUUAUAACUAUUACUCUUAGUACUCCUACUACUAGUACUACUACUAUGACUACUACUACCAACAACUAAUACUAUUACUGCCCACUGCUACUUAGUAGUACUACCAAGAUGACUUACUACUGUGACUACUACUACUACUGCUGACUGCAGUACUAUUACAUUGAGUACCUACUGAUUCUGGCUACUACUAGUAGUAUUAAUCCAUAUUUGUUCUAGAAUCUAGAUAAUAAUCUUAGUAGUACUACGGUAGUACUAAGAUUAGUAUUACUAGAAAUAGCAAAAUCGUUCAAUUUUGCUGUUUCUACUAAUAUUCCAACUUGUAGUUGUAGUAGUAGUAGCCCUCCUUGACACAACGCACCAAUUUUUAGGAAUGGAGAGUAGCUCUAAUACGGUAAAUAAUACGGUACUAAUUGGACUACUACUACUACUACUACUACUACUACUACUACUACUACUACCUAAUUAUGUAAAUGACUAAUACUACUCAGUACUAUAAGUAGCGCCAUUACAACUAUACUACUCUAGUCCUAUUUCUGUUACUACUGUAACUAAUACGGUACUAUUACAAUGCAUACACCAGGGUACUGCUACUACUACUACUGCUACUACGACUAGUACUAUUUUGAGUAUGACAGGCGCAAAGAACAGUAACAGGCGCAAGCAUUUUUCGCUCAUCGACGUGUGUAGUGGGCUUAACGACGACAAACACAGGUGGAAGGUUCCUGGGGUUCCUCACUAACUCGCCGUCUUCCGUCUCUACCGUAUAGCUAGCGUGGGCUGACAUUCCAGUUGAACCAAAUGCUUCCUGAAAAUAGCACAAAUUGUUUCGAGGUUUCGACAACACCACGGGAUCAAAAUCUUGAAUUUUCCCCAGUUUCUUGAUUUCCUUCUGAUGCAAUGUAGCCUUUUUUGUAGUUUAUUUUCUACACUAAAUGUACGUUGUAGCCGAUCGCAUAGCUUUCUGCACAUAGCCAUGCAUGUCAAGCACACACUCGCAAGGGAAACAAACCUCCUUGACAGCAGUAGAGUCACUUUUUAUGGAUGUACAACUGCCAAAUGUCCCAUUUACUUAAAUGGAUCUUUAAUGGCAUCAUUCAUGCUUCUACCAAGGUCAGACAACAAAAAUCCAAACACAUUAAUACCAAAAUGUAUUUUUACUUAGUGUUUUUAAGCAAAUCAGUCAUAUCAAUAAAUGACAUAUUUUCAUUUAUUAUAACUGAGACCCCAACAUUGCAUCCGGAAUUACCAAUCAAAAAUGGAAUGGUCAGCUUUCAACGAUUGACAACCUGUUCUGGCACCCUUCCAACAAUACAGAUUUUCAUCCACUUCUGGGAAAAAUAGUUGUAUGUAUCUAUAAAGUAGAAAAUACACCGACAUGAAUUAAGAUAAUGCUUAACUUAGUCAUCUUGAUGACUUAAAAUACAUAUUUACAGUGUAAACAUAUCUACAAUGUUAGUUUUUCUUCCUUGAUUUAGCCUCCUAUCAUGAACCACCCAUCAGUUGGUUAUUAUUGUAAAUAAUGUAAUGUGCAUGACAUUAUUGUAUUGCGGUUUCAUCAGAAGGGCUUGGCAGGAUGACGUGACCUCUCAGACGUGUGCAUUAUCAACACUUCAUUGUACAGAUUAUAUGUUUGAGAUGGACAUACAGUAUUAUUAGAAUGAUAAAGUGUUGUGAUUAGGAUGAUUAUACAAAUGCACAAAAUACUGAGGGGACGCACACAAACUGAUAGCACCACAGAAAGCAUGAUUUUCAUUUUAGAAUACAGUGGUACCUCUGAGUUGGACCACAACCUUUCCAAUUUGGUCGACUUUCUCAACAAAAUUGGGCCUCCACCGCCUAACUUUUGAGGAGUUCCACCUUCAAGGUACCACUGAAACUGCAUUCAGGGCAGGAGGGCGCAAUGGCCCAUUAGACGUAUACAGAAAGCAUGCUAGCUAAGCAAUAUGAUGUGUGUUCUUCUUCUCUGUCACCACCAAUCAACUUACGCACCCUCAAAAGAAAAAUAUUGAAAACAAUCUAAAGCACACUUCAAGGAGGUUUUCUGUCUGCAAUACAAGUGUAGCAUUGCCCUGAUACACGGCUGAGACUAUCAAGAUACCUCCUCAGGUAUUUCGUGGAGUAUGUUUGCACUACACGGUCUUUUUCUUGUCUGCUUUAUGAUGCAAUAAAUGCACUACGAGUUCG